CAAAAUAUUUCAGGGAAAAAAAUAUCUCAAGUGAGCCGCGAGUGGAGCCGGGAGGAGAUGCUGUGUUCAGCAGUGACUCAAUCACCGUCCUCUUUCCCCCGUCCUCCCCAUCCCUUCUCCUUCACCGGGAAGCAUCUCUCCCAUGCCUUCUUCUUCUUCUCCUCCACCAACCCCAAGACCGUCUUCGCUCGCCCCUUCAGACUCUCCCUUCUUUCUAAAUCCUCAUCCGAGCCGAUCGGAUCCACUCCUCCUUCCUCGCCGGAAGACGCCCUUGAGGAUCCCAAGCCGGAACCCGAUCUCGAAUCCGUCUCCGACGACGACGGUGGUGAUGGUAGCUUCCAGAUCGAGAUCGAGAAGCUGGAGAAGAAGAAUGGGCGGAGAAUCCGGGCCAGAAUCCGGGUGGAGGCGGACCUGGAGACGGUGUGGCGCGUCCUCACCGACUACGAGGGCCUCGCCGACUUCAUCCCCAGCCUGACCGUCAGCCAGUUGAUCGAGAAGAAGGACAAAUUCGUCCGGCUCUAUCAGGUUGGUCAGCAGGACCUGGCACUUGGUUUGAAAUUCAAUGCCAAUGGGGUGCUAGAUUGCUAUGAAAGAGAUCUUGAGAUCUUACCUUUUGGUCGGAAGAGGGAUAUUGAAUUUAAAAUGGUGGAAGGUGACUUCCAUACCUUUGAAGGAAAAUGGUCCAUUGAACAGAUUGAUGGUGAUAUGUGCAAAGACGAUGAAAAUAUGGUUGGGAAAGGAUUCCAGACAACACUAUUAUAUUUCGUAGAGUUGGAGCCAAAGCUUUGGGUGCCUGUGCGCUUACUCGAAGGGCGUGUGUGCAGAGAGAUCAAAAUUAACCUUCAAAGUAUUCGAGAAGAAGCCCAAAGAGUUCAAGAAGUGGGACAUGAGGCGCUUCCUACCUGCAUUUUUAGGGUGCAAACAUUUCCUGGUAAGCUUAUGAUUCCUACAUCAACGCAUAUAGUUCCUCUUGAACUAGUCAGUUGCUAUAGACUAGAUCCCAAUGUUCACCCCACCAAAUGAGCCCAUACAGUUGAAGCUUCCUAUGAUCGUUUUGCCGAUCAAGUCUUCUGUCCUUGAAGUCUUCACUUGACGGAUAUCAGUGUCGUUUCUUGUAACAACGACUUCUACUUACCACCCACAUGUAUUCUUCAAAUGCAAGCCAUUUUUCCAGACCAACCAAGGAUUCUCUUUAACUGUUCACUUCAAGAAAGCCAGGUCAGAUAUCCCUGGCCUCCCUCAUGGCCCCACCUUUUUUAUCAACUGUUUUAGUUUUUAAUUCCAUGGAUAAGCUGCCUCUUACCAUGUGGAUGAUGCAGAUGAAACUUUUGAGGCCAUCUUUAGACUGUGCGUCUGAUGGAGUGUGUUAAUUCAGUGAUUGGGUGGGAGAUCUGGUCAAAAUUAUAGCCUGAAAUCACAAGAGCUCAAUACUCUGGCAUCAUUUACUGCAGAAAAUUAAUUAGUGGAUGAACUUUUACUUCUAAAGGAAAACUUAUUUAUUUUUCUUCUUUUCCAUUUGAAAUAAAAGAAAAGUAGUCUAUACCAUUUGCGAUGCUUGAUGAUGCUUUGAAGUUUUGUUUUCUCAAACCAGGCAUGACUUCAUGAAAAUUAGUAGUGUGCGGUGAGCUCUCAUGGUAUGGUUCGUGUGUAGGCUGUAGUGUCAUAAAAGCUCUCGAGAGAUGGUUUUAUUAUAAUUGGUCAAGGAAGCUGGGAGAAACAGAGAAUGCUACCAGUCUGACUAGUUGAAGGAGAAGCUGAUCAAGGACAAAGGAGCAGUUCUAAAGCAGCACAGGGCCGAACAGAAAGUCUUGUGCUUUUGUGGUGCAACAAGCUAUAAAUUUAAAUGAAGUCCUAUGAUGACAGAAGCGUCCAAACUGGUCCUUCCAAAGAUCGAUGUAGGCAAUGGAAAGAUGAGCACAGCGAUCCUAUCAUAUAUAUACCUUGCAAAAAAUAAUUAUUUACGGCUUUCCCCUUUCUUUUUUUGUGUAUCAUGAAAAGUGAUUCUUUUUCCUACUCUUUUCCAUCUGUGAACCAGUAAUAUUUUUUCUUGUUGAUUGAAUACCGAUUGAAAGUUCAGGGAUUUGUGGUCAA